AUGAAUGUUCGCUCACUUCGUGUUUCUCCUACACCAUUAGCGACUCUCCAUCACGAACUGAAAAGCGUUAGAAGUAAAUCGCUAGAUUACAUCAAAGAAAGCAUUGUUAAGGGAGAGUUUGCACCUUAUACAGCUAUUCAAAUUUCUCGUCAGACCCACAGUGCUCUAAAAAACCUUCAUGAGUUAGGUUAUAUCCAUCGAGAUGUCAAGCCAGACAAUUUCGUUAUUGGAAAAAAUAUUAUAUUUGUGAUGGAUUUUGGAAUGAGUACGAAAUUCGAGAAAACUACAGCAAACUUACCCAACCGGACGCGAGCCAAAGGAAAUAGAGAGAUUUAUCACGCACUGCUGAGUAUAAGGGCAGAGGGUGUGGAAACAGGGAGUCACGCUAUAAAUUCAUUGGAACACCCAAAUAUGCUGCUCGGGCAACUCAUCAAGGAAGAGUUGUAA